AUGUUGGGCCAGACCUCACUUAGUCGUCGGUUGCUCACGGCCGAGGUAGCAUUGUGCGUUCAUGCUCACUCCAGGAAUUUUCGUCGACGUCCUCCUAACCAAGGAAAACCUCCCAUACUACCUCCUUCAAAAAAGGUGCUCUAUCAUGUGGUUCAUGUCCCUUGGCAAUCUCCAGAAGACGUAAAGGAACUUCUUUGGAGGCGUCAUGUUUACAACAAUGCUGUCAUGUCUUUGAAAGAGAUCUUUCGUCAAGAAAUACAACAGGCCGAAGCUGCUGGAAAGGGAGUGGAAUCAAUGAGAGAAGAGGAAGACGCAGAGCUCAAUCGUCUUAUUGCCGAAAACGAGAGGGUCAACCGUGAAAUGGCUGAAGCUAGGGCGAGGAAGGAGGAGGAGGAGUGGAAGGAAACUCAGCGUGAAAUCUUGAAAGAAAUCGACGAAGCUCUUCAGAAGCAGCACAGUGUAGCAAAAGAGGCUACUGCAGAGGUCCGAGAUGCGAUUGCACGAAGUCGUGAUUUUGUGAAUGAGGAAAACUUAGAGGCGAAGAUCAUGGAAGCACUUGAGAAUCCGAAGGUCUACGAUUUCGCCAUCGAUCGGCAAGGAAAGAAAUAUUAUGAUCCUCCGCCGGCGAAGUACCAAGAGGGUGUGCCAACACGACAAAAAGGUCGACUCUUCGAUCGCACCCUUGGAACUCAGCAAGCGCCCGAUGCGAAGGACGAGAGUCAUUCAGAGAAGUUAGCGGAUGUUUCAAAGGUGUGA